AUGAUGGACAUUCUCAUUGUUGGCUGUGGCAUCGCCGGUUCGUCGCUAGCAAGCUUCCUUCUGGUGAAUGCCACCGAUGCACAAAGAAAGACCAUGAAAAUCACAAUUUUGGAACGUGCUUCUGAGCUGCGACCAUAUGGGCAGAAUAUCGACGUUCGCGGCUACGGCGUCGAGAUGCUCCGCAAACUCGACCUCGAGGCUGCGGUGCGCGCCUCCACCACAGGCGAAGAAGGCGUGCAGCUGGUGGACGCAUACCACCGUGUUUGGGCAUCUAUCGCGGCAGACAAGACGGGCAAGAUCCAGACGCCUACGAGUGACAUUGAAAUUCUACGUGGGCGGCUAGCGCAGCUCUGCUGGAAGCGAAGCAUGCAACUAAGCGACGAGUGUCAGGCCAGCGGCGGCCACGGCAUCAGCUACGUCUUUGGUGACUCCCUCUCAGCCAUCGAACAUAUUGGCGACAAGGCACAGGUCACCUUCACCAAAAGCGGGCAGAAGCAGGCCUACGAUAUUGUGGUCGGCGCCGACGGCUCGCAGAGCCAGACCAGAGCGCUGGCCUGGGGCGCCGCUCAGGAGGCAACGGCAGUGCACAGUCUCAACGUGUACGGCGCCUUCUUCAGUAUUCCACGGGAGGAGCACGAUACGAAAUGGCGUAAGUGGUUUCACGCCACGGGAGGAAGAGCCAUCAUGCUCCGACCAGACGAUUGCGGAAAGCGAUCCACCAUCUUUAUGACGGUCAUGAACGACACGGACGCGCGGCUCCCCGUGGCAGGAAAGAAGCACAACAACAUGAGUGAGAAGAAGGCCUUGAUGGAAGAAUACUUUACGGGGGCGGGCUGGGAGACGGAGCGGAUUUUGCGGGAGAUGGCUGACGCGGAAGACUUUUACUUUGACGCCUUGGUGCAGAUCAAGAUGGAGCGAUGGAGCACCGGUCGAGUCGUACUUCUUGGCGAUGCGGGGUACUGCGCGUCUCCAAUGUCAGGCAUGGGCACGACAUUGGCUUUCACAGGCGCACACAGCCUCGCCCGAGCCAUUCUUCGGCGCCAAGAUUCCCUUGAGCAAGUCUUUGCAGAGUAUGAGGCAGAGAUGCGGCCCAUUGCAACCAAGGCACAGAAGCUCGCGCCGGGUAUGCCGCGCAUGAUGCAUCCACAGGCACUUUGGGAGCUGGUGCUACUGCAUGGGCUCUUGUUCAUCUUGAAGAAUUCGGGAAUAUUUACGAUUCUUGGCAUGUUGACUGUGGGCACGGGCACGCCUUACUUUUCUGAGAGUCUCCGACAUCGAAGUGUUUUCGGUUCGUAUUAG